UACCCUAGCACUUACAUGACUAUCAAAGUACUUUUAAUUAAAAGUUACUUUUAAUUAAUAUUCAAUUAUUAAUUAAUUUUAAUUUUAUUAUAAAAUUUUAACGGUAAGAACAAUUGGAAUUUAACUUUUAAAAAAUUUGAUAUUAAAUACAUCGACUUUUUAUAAAAAAUCGAUUAUAAAAUGAGCAACGAAAAAUCAUAUUUGUAGCAAAUGUCAGAAAAAACAAUUACAAAACAACAAAAUUUGUUGUAGAUAUCUCAUUAUGUCAACUAAAUAAACAAAAUUUAAAGUAAAAACCUAUUUCUAAUUAAAAAUCGAUAUUACUACUAACACAAAUCUGUAUCGAAAUUAUGUGAUAAUGUAAUGGAUUUUGUACAAGCUAGCGAUCAGAUAUAUAGAAGCUGGUACUUAACAAAAACAAAAUAAACAUAAAAACAAAAAAAAAUUUAAUUUAACAAUGGACACAUAAAUCUUUAAAUUUUAAUAUUAAAUAGUUAGAAAUAACCAGUAAAGUUAAGAAAACGCAAUAGAAAAAUGCAUAUAACUCAAUUAAUCAAUGAUUAUCGUAAUUAUAAAAAUAAAGACAAAAUGCACAAAAUUAAAUAUGUAAAAGACAUUAUACAAGAUUUGGAAAACUAUGGACCAGCUAGUUUAAUACACAUUGCUAUUUUGAGUAACAUACUUAAAAGACGCAUUAAUAUAUGGAAUGCUAAUGGUAAUUUAAAUAAGAUCAUCGGAAGGAAAAAAUUGGGACCAUCUAUAGAUAUUGAAUAUCACGCGAACAAUUCUGAACAAAUUGGUCAUUGGACCUUAAGAGGUAGCAAAGAUCCCGACAACGUCACUCUUGAUUUAAACAGCUGCCUUUUUUCGGUGAUUGGUUCUCAAAUCGGUCAAGAUCCAUUAAAACUUCGUAAAUGGACCGUGUUAAAACUAAAGGACAAUUUUCAGAAUUUGGCCAAAUGGUUAGACAAAAUUCCGAUGGGUAAUGCAGGAAUAUUCCUUAUGAUUGGCGGUGUAAAUGGACACAGACCUAGAAGAUCGAGACAAAGUCGCGAAGGGUACUCAAGAAGAUACCCAGCACACAGUCAGGAAGAAGACGCUACAAAAAUUCUGGAUGAUUCAGAGAACGUAGAAGGCGAAGGUGAUAAUGAGGAAGAUCUAAUUGAACGAAUAGGUCAUUCUAGACAGAAGCAUGUUGUAGGAGGAAGAAAUGGAGGUGUCGAAGUUUAUACUAGGAUAAAUAAAUGUUCGGGAGUAUUUGCUUUUCAGACAGAAAAAGACCAAGAUUAUGUCCUUCAUAGGGCAUUGCUAUCAAAAUUGGGUCAACAAGCACUACGUAAACUUGACGAUACCAUUGCGGCAAGCGCAGAUAUAUAUGUUUCAAAAUUAAUAGAACAAAAUGUCCCAUUUCCUAAAGCUAGCUAUUGGUAUGCGGGAAACAAGCUACAUGAGUCAGCAGAAGUCAAAGGUGUUUCAUUAAAAUUAAGACAUCAUAAAAAUAAACAAAAAGAAAAAAAUGCAAAGCCUCAUAUAGUUUUUAUUUUCCCAACCUUUAAAGUGCCCAAAUUAAUGAAAUGUCUUGAUGGGAGACCUCAUGAAUAUCGUGAAUAUAUAAGAGAACUAACUGGUUACAAGUAUAUCUUUGCAUCUACAUUUGGAAAUCUUGAAGACUUUCUCACAAGAGAUGGAUACUCAAAAAGAUACAUACCACCCACGGAAGACAAAGCUAAACAGAUUCUGGACAAUUCAGAGGGCGAGUUCUGCGUAGAUGAUCCUAAGAACCCGCUAAUUUCAGAUUUGAGAAAAGGCCAUGCCAGAAGCGGGCAUGUAGAAAGAGAAAGCAAUGGUGUCGAAGCUUAUAGUAAAAAAAAUAUAUGUGAAGAAAAAACUGCUUUUCGGUCAGAAAAGGAUCAAAACUAUAUCCUUCAUAGAGCAUUGCUAUCAAUAACGGGUCAAGCAGGACUAGUUCUUCUUAACAAAAAAUUGUGUGUAGACAUCAGUGUACCAGCUUCACAUUUAUCUGAAAAUGGUGUCUCAUUACCUACAGGAAGUAUAUGGCAUAAUGGAGAAAAAAAACAUGAUAAAUUACAAAUCGAAAUGGUCCGUAUACAAUUAGGGCAUCAUAGAGGUCAAGAAGAGAACAAUAGUGCAGAGCCUCUUGUAGUAACUAUGUUCCCAGUAUUGGAAAUUAAAACAAAAAAAGAUUUAUGUGACACAGGUAAAGAACAAGAAGAACAAAAAAGUGCUCAAGCAGCUCCUGAAACUGCCUCUGCAACUACAUCUAAACCUGCUUCCCAAACUCCUCCUAAACGUGCUACUGGAGCUAUUCCUAAAAUUCGUAAAACUGCUCCUAAAACUGCCUCUCCAACUACAUCAAAACCUGCUUCUAAAACUCCUAAAAUUGCUCUUAAAACUGCUACUGGAACAAUUCGUAAAAUUGGCCAUGUAACUACUCCUGGACCUGUUCAUAAAAUUACUCCUACAACUUCUCAUAAACCUACUCUUAAAAGUACUCGUAAACCUACUUCCAAAAUUACUCGUAAAACUGCUCCUUAAAUUACUUCUAAAACUGCUUUUUAAACUGCUCCUAAAACAAUAGAAAUAAAGGGACGUUCUAACUGUGGAGCUCCGAAUGAGGAGCAGGUUGCGAAGGAGAUAUUUGUAAGUGCGGGGGCAUAUCACGCGGCAACUGUCAGAAUACACAUAAAUAUAAAAAUACAUAUGUAAUACAUAUAAAAUAUAAAGUAUUUAAAUAAAUAUAAAAUUACAUUGGCAUUUUUUUUACAAGCCUGAUGUGUUUUAGUCAAACAGGUACUAACUAUAAGAAACAGACCGCGUAAUGUUGUGCAACAAUACUUGAUUUAUCAAUAAAAAAUCAUUAUAAAAAAAUAACACGGGUCAGAAGUAAGAUAAGAAUUAAGACAUAUUGAGAAGCUUUUUUAUCUGUACAAUCUUACUUCUAGCCUCACCUCUACAACCACCGUCACAACACAAAUAAACGCAUAAAUUGCACAAAAAAACGUCGAGUAUAAAUUGUUUAAUAAUAAAUGUAAUAUAUAUUAUUUAUAAAACUGAUUAAUUAUAAAUUAUAAAAAAAAAUAAAAUGUAUUAAUAAAACAAGCAAUAAAAUUGAGAACGGCUGAGUGAGAAAAAA